AUGAGUGAAUUUAAAUUGCAGCACCUUGUAGCUGAAUUACUAAGUAAAUUAGGUGGAAAAAUAACACCAGACCGCUUAAUAGAAUAUUUACAGAAGAGUUUAAAUAUUAAUGCAGAUAGCGGAUGCUCAGGAACACAAGUUGCAAUUCAAACACAUUUAACACGUUUGGUACAGGAUUUGCCUAAUUCAGAAUCUUUUUUGUCUAAAUAUAACGAUCUCAAAGACAAAAAUGUCUAUUGCUUGAAUUCAUAUGUACAGUUACUUGAUAAUAUAUCUCAAGAUCCUGGAGUUAAAGAUUUUUUACUGAAAAGUACGAAGCAACCUUCCUCUACUUUGAAUACUGAACUUACCAAGGACAAUUUACCUCAUUUAAAAAAUCGCCUAAAAAAAGCAGUAACGUCAAAAUCUAGGAAGGAUGAAUCAUUCGACAGUAUUCUAAACAUAUCGUCUACAGUCCCUUUGGCUACAACUCCGUCAGUAAUUUCAUGGGUUCAAAGACGACCUAGUAUGUCAUGGGAUUUUUCUACACAUGUAUUACCACACUCCACCCCAACAGUGCCUGCAGUUUCUCAAGAAAACAUACUCAUUGAAGACUUAUUAAAUGUUUUAAUAGGUUUGCCAGGGUGCUACAUAGAACCUGAAGAUCUCCGGGAUGCUUACGGUCCAAGAAGUUUUAAAAUCAACGAUAACAUAUCCCUAUCUCUCCGAGAACUGGUAAAGCAGAUAUUGCCGCUAGCUAGUCAUUAUUCUGUUAUACAGAGGUUCAUUGAAGAGAAAAUAAGAUUUGAAUUUGGACAGGUCAAUAAUGCUUUGGCAGAAGCAAUGAGAAGUAUAAAUAAAGACCAUAUGCUUUUUAUAAUACAGUUAGAGAGUGAGUUUAGAGCCAACAAUUUAACGUUACAAAAAUUGUGGUUUUUUGUGCAGCGAAAUAUGCAAAGUUUGGGUAUCACUGCUAAUAUCGCAUGUUCGAUAAGUAAAUCGGGCGUAAAAGGUGGUAAGGUGCUGAGUUUACUUCACGAAAAUGUUAUUGGUUCCAUUGGUGACGAGAGGGCCCAACAACUUUGUCUUAAACUUAUGGAAGCAGCUUGUGAACCGUACAUGAAGAUGCUGGGUAUGUGGAUAUACAAAGGCAUCAUAUCUGAUCCUAUUAAUGAGUUUCUUGUGGAAGAUAACGAGGUUUUUCAAAAAGAAGAUAUGCCAGUCGAUUACUCUGCUGAUUACUGGGACAAAAAGUAUGCCGUGCGUAGGGAGAGGAUUCCUAAAUUUCUUGAACCCGUUUCUGAUAUGAUAUUAAAAGCUGGGAAGUACCUAAAUGUUAUAAGACAGUGUGGUAAACCUGUGAAGAAUAAGGUGCUUCCAAUACAGUACAAAAUAGAAGAGAAACAGUACAUUGAAGCUAUUGAAAAAGCCUACGUGUUUGCUAGCCAAACACUGUUAGAUUUAGUACUAAAAGAAAAAGACCUCAUAGGAAGAUUGAAGUCCGUUAAACAUUAUUUCCUGCUAGACCAAGGCGAUUUCAUCGUAACCUUCCUUACGCUUUGCGAGAAGGAACUUGGCAAGUACGUUGUGGAUGUCAAUCAAGGCUGUAUAGAGUCCUUGAUGGACCUAGCUUUAAGGUUGUCUAGUGCCAUAAGCGACCCCUAUAAAGAUGAUUUGCGGACUGAGCUGUUGCAGUAUGACUUGCAAUUUCAAAUGUUCAAGAUAUUAAGUAUUCAAACAAAUUCAGAACAAGAGUACUGGUCUUCGAUUGAACCGAAAAAGUUGCUGAUGAUUGAAUCCUUCUCAUUUGGCUAUGAGGUACAUUGGCCGCUGUCACUAAUUCUUAACCGGAAGUCACUGGCUUGCUACCAGAUGAUUUUCCGACAUCUAUUUUACUGUAAAUAUAUCGAGCGGAUGAUUUGUCAAGUGUGGAAAUCCAACAAGGUCGCCAAGAAAUUCCACUUUUAUGAUGCACAGCAUUAUAGAUCUGCCUUUGCCUUGCGGCAAAGAAUGCUGCACUGUGUCCAAAAUUUGGAGUAUCACAUGAUGGUGGAAGUGAUUGAGCCACACUGGUGUAUGUUCUUACAAAAAAUAUCAAAGGUAAACAACGUUGACGAAAUACUCUCUUGUCACUGUGACUUCUUGGAUAGCUGUUUGAAAGACUGUAUGUUGACUAUCCCUCCUAUUCUCAGUACUAUAAUUAAACUUCUUGCCAUUUGUGAGGAAUUCUGCAAAUUUAUGCAGCGGACGCAGCGUUACUUUGUGGAAGCCGAAUUAGGUUCUUUACCGAACUCAUUUUAUGAGUCAUUCGCACAGAGCGAACUGCCUUUUCAAGGAAACAGUGUUAAUCUUACCGAUCCGGCUCCCAGUUUCAAGGAGACUAUAUCUCUGUGUGACGUCAAAUUUUCGGCAACCUUAAUGAAGCUUUUGGAUCAAAUUAACGAUUUGAACAGAGACACCAGUGAACAUGAUAGACUGUUUAAUCUGCUGUACAGGCUGGACUUUAACUCCUUUUACACCGGACAAAUGGAGAAACUGGGACUGACCAAAUUGACCAAGGAUUCUUCGGGAUGAAAUUUUUUUCUUCCGCUUGAUAUGUGAUCAACUUUACUAAUUUGAGUUAGAUUAUUUUUUAACAUUGUGAUUUUUAUUGAAUGCAUAUAUUUUUUCAUUUUGUAGAU